UGUGUUGUCUAUGUUUCUCGCAAUAUGAUUCACGGACUGAGAGUUAAACAUGAGACCUACUUCAAACAGAACUUGAAGGCAAAGGUCAAACUCAAAAGUACCUGUGAGCAUGAUGAAGGUUUCCCACCUGCUUCAUUCUGUGCAGUACGCCACGCUGACUUUAGAGGGGUGGAUCGUUUGUCCCAUUAUUAGACUGAUAUUUAGCCUGAUCUACAAGUCCAAAUCAAAAUGUGUGGACCCCAUAGAGAACCCACUAUGUCUAAUGACAGCUGUAGAUUUAGCAGCCAAGAUCAGGUCAAGGGAGGUCACUGCAGAGGAAGUCAUGCAGGCUUAUAUAGAGAGAGCUAAACUAGUGAAUAAAGACUGUAACUUCAUUGUGGCAGACAGAUUUCAAGAAGCAUUGCAGGAAGCUAAAAGUGUGGACAGGAUACUUGACAGUAAAAUAAGGUCUGAAAAAUACUCUACACAAAAUGCUCCAUUCCUAGGAGUCCCAACGUCUAUCAAGGAGGCUUUUGCUCUCAAAGGAAUGCCCCAAACAUCAGGGUUAAUGAUCAUGAAGGACUAUAAAGCUUCAGAAGAUGCCCCUGUUGUCAAGCGCUUGAGGCAGGCUGGGAUGAUUCCUUAUAUGGUAACCAAUGUCAGCGAACUGUGUAUGUGGUACGAGUCAGCCAACAGACUGAAUGGCCGGACGUGUAACCCAUACAACACAGCAAGGAUAGUGGGGGGAAGCUCAGGUGGGGAGGGGUGUGCUGUUGCCUCGGGGGCUGCUGUAACUGGCCUGGGGUCUGAUAUUGGAGGAAGUAUCAGAAUGCCCAGCUUCUUCAAUGGAAUAUUUGGCCAUAAACCAUCAGUUGGGUUAGUUCCCAAUGAGGACCAAUUUCCACUGCCAACUGGGCGAGAUAUGGAGCUAUUGACUACAGGACCAAUGUGUAGAUAUGCCACUGACCUUUUACCUCUCCUCAAGGUCAUGUCUGGACCAGAGGCACAGCUAGCCAAAUUAGAUGAAAAGGUUGAUGUUAAGAAAUUAAGGUUUUAUACAAUGUAUGAUGAUGGAGGAAGCCUCUUAGUGAGUCAUGUAGAACCGGAAAUCAAGCAAGCCCAACACAGGGUGGUGACGUAUCUGAGGGAUACUUUAGGAGUUGCAGUAGAAGAAAUCAAUUUAAGUAAAAUGAAAUAUUCUUUUGAAAUGUGGGCAGCCAAGAUGGCGCUGUCCGGCGGAACUGACUUUGCUACUUAUAUGGCGAAUUUCAACGGACGUGUUAAUUGUUUUGUGGAGUUACUGAAGUGGUUAGUGGGACGUUCAAACCACACCCUACCAGCCAUUGGAUUGGGGAUGUCUCAAGGACUAGCUGAUCUAACACCACAGACCAAUAGAAAAAACUUAGAAAUUCUCAAAAAAUUAGAUGAAGAACUUAAGGAAAUUUUAGGAGACAACGGGGUCUUGCUUUAUCCAACUCACCCAAAAGUAGCUUUAUAUCAUAACGAACCUCUAUUUUAUCCCUUUAAUUUUGCAUAUACUGGCUUAUUUAAUGCCUUAGCAUAUCCUGUCACCCAAUGCCCGCUGGGAUUGAACUCAGAAGGUCUACCUCUUGGCAUACAGAUCGUAGCAACGCCAUACAAUGAUAGAUUGUCCAUUGCUGUAGCAGUGUUUCUAGAGAGAGUGUUUGGAGGGUGGGUUCCACCAGGAACUACUUGAAGGCAUUACUAGUUUUUAAAAAAAUCAAAAUUCACAUAGUAGAAUGCAUUAUGACGGUGAGUGUACACAUUUAAUUUAUUGUGAAGACGCUUUCUUUAAAUUUUCCCUCCAAGAAUUUCAACCAUUCUUUCAUUACUAGUACUCCACAGAAAUGGAAUCAAAAGAGUUUUGCAGCUUUUCAGAGUUAUAGACAUGGCUAAAAUAUUUCUCAGAAUGACUGAAUAUAUAUGACAUGAAUUCUUCACAAAAUUUAAUUUGAAACUUGCAAAACUCAGAACUUGUCAAUCUAUAGUUUAAACUUUAAUAUUUGUAUACAUGUAUUUGGUUACCAAUUGUAAAAGUUAAUCAGAAGAAGGACAGUUCUUUAGAUUUAACGUCUAAAUUGUUUAAGAUAUUCUAUAGGCUUAACCGGUAAAUUUGAGACAGCUGAACAUAUUGUCAACACUUGGAUAUAAAUAUAAAUGUAUUAAGAAAAAACUUUGUUUGAGAAGAUAAGUUAAAAUACAUCAGUAAGAAUUAAUAAAACUCCACCUCAAUAGUCAAUUUGGAAGCAGUACAGAGUUUUUAGUUAAAAUCUCGAUCACUUGUUUAUAUCAAGGCGAUUACAUUUGAAAUUAUCCAAAAAGAAAAGGUGUGUAUAAAAUUUUUUUAAUGUUAUAUAAGCUUGCUUAUGAGUUCAUUUGUUGUUAUUACAUAUUUACAAUAACAAAUCUGCGCGUAAUUCUCUAAAACAUUUACGACUAUGAUCAAGAUAUAUCUAAAUAAAAUUUAUAAUUGAAAAGAAGAAAGAUGCAUGAAUAUAGUUCCACUAGUGCUGUUUGAAUAAGAAAUGCAUCAUCAAAACUUGAGAAGUCCCAUUAAUUUAUUUCUGUAUGUACGUUACGUGU